AUGAAAGGCCUCGUUAUUACCCUUCUGGGCCUCCUUGCUCCUGUCACCGCGUAUGCGCCAGGCCUGGAGGUGGUCUAUUCCCUGGACGCAGCAACCCAGGGCAUCAGCUUCAGCGCAAACGGGCGCAAGUUCCUGUCCCAGCGGUACUCCCUGACUCUUCCGCCUCGCAUUGUCGAACUCCUGGACGACAACACCACUGCGCUCUACCCAAACAAGGCUUGGAACUCGUACAACUCCAGUGACCCAGCCUCCGACCCUCGCAAGACCUUUGUCAAUAUCGACGGUGCACGCAUCGGUCCCGAUGAUCGCUACUGGGUAGUCGACGGCGGUUCAACUGGCGUCAACGGUUCUACCAAGCUUGUAGGCGUGAACCUGACCACAAAUGCCGUCGACCGGUCCUAUUCUCUAGACAGCGUCAUAGCCAGCAAAAGCGGCAUUGACGACGUCCGCUUCAGCGCUUCCGGAGAAGUCGCAUACCUCAGCGAUACCGCCGGUGCUCUUGUCGUGCUCAAUCUCACCUCCAGCCAUGCCGUCCGCGUCCUCGCCAACUCCGACUCUGCCACGGCCUGGUUCCCCAUGAUGUACAACGGUACCCUGGUUCCUGGCUACGGCGGUAGCACACUUGCCGUGGGCCUUGACCAAAUCGAAGUCUCCCCUGACGGUGUUUACCUCUACUACCAACCCUGCAACGGCGGUCUCUACCGCAUCAAGACAUCCUACGUCGACGCCGCCCUGACAAACUCCACGAUGGCCUCUACCCUCGGCGACUACGCCGAGCCGUUUGCCCUAACUCCAAGUACAGGCGGGACGACUAUUGACGGCGAUGGGAAUAUCUACAUCAGCGACACCAACCUGCUCGCUAUCUGGAAGGUCACGCCGGAGGGCAGGACUACCAUCCUCGUCCAGGACGAUGCUCUUCUUUGGACCGACCUGAUGUGGGUAUCGGCUGAUAAGAAGCUUUGGCUGCCGGCUUCCCAGAUGCGUCCUGGUGGUGAUGGUCUUAUGGCUGAAGGGCCUAACUAUAUCUUUACCUACCCUAUUGAUGCGGGGCCGUCUCUUAUUGACCAUGCUUAG